AUGGGAGAUUCAAAAAAAAAGAGAAAAGAAAAAGGUGAUUACAAUCCAUGGACUCCAGAUGAGACUAAGUUGUUAAUACAACUUCUUGUGGGAAGGAUCAACCACAAUUGGCGUGAUUCUAAUGGUAGCAUAAGCAAACUAACUAUUGAGACGAAGCUUCUACCAGAUCUCAACAAAGGUGUUUGUCGUCCAAAAGAUUACAAACAUUAUCAAAGCAGAAUGAAAUAUUUAAAACAACAAUACCAAAGUUGUGUCGAUCUUCAACGUUAUUCUUCUGGUUUUGGCUGGGAUCCUCAAACAAAAAGAUUUACAGCAUCUGAUGAAGUUUGGGAUAGUUAUUUUAAAAGUAAGUCUCUCGCUCAUCCUAAGGAUAAAAACCUACGUUAUGAAACAUUUGAAUUUUUUGAUGAGUUUCAAAUAAUAUCUGGAGAAGGUGUUGCUACCGGGAAAAAUGCAAUUGGAUUAGGUGAUAGUACAGAUGCACGUACAAACAAAGAAGAGUAUGUGCAUGGUAUUGAUGACUUAUAUGACUUAGAAAGAACAACUCAUCGCCAUGAGUCUCCAGAGCAUUUUGUACCAUUUGAUUCCCAGAAAACUUCAGAUUAUCGUAGAGAGAAGUUUCAACCAAAGAAAAGAGCUAGAUCUGAGAGAGGUACUUCCAAAAAAGAUGAAAAUUCAGUGAUGGGGAUUAGCAAUCAAAUCUUGAAUUUAAUACAGCAAAAAAAAGAAAGACAACAAAGAGAAGCGGAGAAAAAUCAGAAUAAUGUUUGGGAUGCUAUAAAAGAAAUUUUGGAUUUAGAAGAACGUAUAUGUUACAAAGCACUUACCAAGAUUUACCAUUUGGGAAUACAAGAUGUUUUUGUUAGUAUGUCAGUGGAAGAAAGGUUAGGAUGGAUUCUAACCAAUAUGGAGUGAAUGUGGGUUUAUUUUUUCUUAGGUUGCAAUUUUUUUUUUAUUGUGUUGGCUUUUUUUUCUUUGUUUUUUUUUCUU